AUGGGCGACGCAGAAGUUGUUACGAGCUCGUGGAAGCUGGUCGAGGUUGGACGUGUGGUCCUGCUGAGCGCUGGUCCUUACGUCGGCAGGGUGGCAGCUAUCGUGGAAAUCAUCGACCACAAGCGUGUCCUCAUCGACAACCCCACAGACGACGCUUCUCAAGCAGUCCCUCGUCACGCCGCAGCCCUUUCCUACAUGUCGCUCACCGGAAUCGUCAUCCCGAAGCUACCGCGCGCCGCUGGGACUUCUGUGCUGAAGAAGUUGUGGGAGGAGCACAAGGUCCUGGACAAGUGGCAGGCGUCGAACUUCCAGAAGAGCAGGGAGCGAAGCAUCCGGAGGAAGCAGCUGAGUGAUUUCGAGCGUUUCAAGGUCAUGAAGCUACGGAAGCAGGCUCGCUUUGAGGUGCGGAAGACGAUGCAUGCGGCGAAGGCGAAGGCAUAG